CACCACUUGAAGGCUCCCACUACCUAAACAUUUCAAACCAGUUCAGUGUUAAAAGUCACUGAGUUGCUAAAAAACAAACAAACAAACAAACAAAAAAACACUUAGAUGCUACCACUCGUCCCCAGUUUGCGGGAGGUUAAAGCACAACGCCUUCCAGCCAACGAAAAGCGGAGAAAUGGAGUGCCUGAUGAAGAAGGAGGAGCGAAAGCAAAGGACAUCGGCAAGAAAAGGAUUUGCUCAACUAAUAUUGUCCUCCCAGGGACACCGUAGGGCAGAUCUCGCGGCCUUAUCAUUGUUUUAGGGGCGGAGCCGGCAGGAAAUUUAAACGGAAGCCGCGGCCGAGAAUGGUAUUGCAGCCGCUCUGGGACUACUGGCGCUCCGGAGUUCCUAAGAGCAAUGGAACCCGCGAAACUAUUAAGGAGGUCUUGAGGAAGGCGUGGGGGGCCGAGGAGUUGCUGAGGACUUGAUGAGCGAGCCGGGAAAGGGAACGGAUGCCGAGAACAGUAGUGAGGGGCUACGAUUACCUUGAGCUGAAGAAUUCCAUGGCUGAGAGCAGACUCCGGGCUCCAGACCCAGGUGCUCGGCUAGGAGUUCCUGGUUGUUUGGGAAGAUGCCAGAAGAAUUUAUUUGGUGCUAGGCAACAGCCCUUUUCUGGAAAGUCCUUUUACUUGGAUCUGCCUGCUGGCAAAAACCUCCAGUUUUUGACAGGAGCUAUCCAGAACCUUGGAGGGGUAAUUGAGAGUUUUCUGAGCAAAGAAGUAAGUUACAUCGUGUCCAACCGCAGAGAAGCCAAGGCAGAGAGCGGCGGGAUAAGCCACAGAGGUUGCCCCAGCCCUGGGGAGGUCAGAGUGGAAACGUCAUCCAUGGCCGAUCCAAAACAUAGCCAGGCCAGGCUUUCACAGAGGCACGCAGACUCGGUGCCUAUGAGCAGAGGGAAGGAGCUGCUGCAGAAGGCCAUCAGGAACCAGGGGAGCAGCAGUGGAGGAAGCAGUGGGAGUAGCAGCCUCCUGACCAGUGCCCGCUCCUGGGGAGUGAGGAUUCUGCACGUGGAUGACAUGAUGGUGCACGUGCGGCAACUGUCCCUUGGUCCCUUAUGUGUGAAGAAACAGGAGUCAAGGAAGUCAGAGGGAACAAGUCCAGCAGCAGAGUCAAGAACACAGAAAGUGGCCAAACUGAAGGCUCCGUUCCUCAAAAUAGAAGAUGAGAGCAGGAAGUUUCGUCCUUUCCAUCAUCAGUUUAAAUCCUUUCCUGAAAUUUCUUUUCUGGGACCCAAAGAUGCAAGUCCAUUUGAGACCUCAACGACCCCGGGCAACUCGCACAAUACCAGAAAACCCAGGGACCGAGAGCCAAGCCUGCGCUCGGUCACCCGCGCCGUGUCCAGGAGGAAGAAAGGGUAUUGUGAGUGCUGCCAGGAGGCUUUUGACGAGCUCCGUGUGCAUCUUGAGAGUGCCCAGCACCAGAGCUUUGCCCGAGAGGCCCGUUCAUAUGCAGAAGUUGAUCGGAUCAUCGCCCAGCUCAACCACAGCUUUGCAGACAUCCCUUCCCACGCCAGCUCCUCCAGGUGGGCAGGUUCCCUGGCUUCUGACCGUGACCUUCUCAGUCCCGAGACUUCGCCCCCCAGCCAGCCUAGCCUGGCCCUAGGUGCUCCAGAGCAAGAUGGGACAGAGGACAGCAUGAAGACGCCAACAGAGCCUGAACCUGCAGGCACUGGCGAGUGUCCCAGCAGGCUGACCAGCUCCCCAGCUGCUCCAUGGCUCCAGGUCAGCUGUCAGCCCACCUGCAGGCUGCCAACCUCCAGCCCCCCACAGAGCCUGCAGAAAGCCAGUGUACUUCUCUCCCCCCUCUGCUGGCCAGUGGGGGAGCCAGCUGUUCCCGGUGGCUCUGGGCCCCCCAGCUUCUCCAGAUGCCCUGCCUUCCUGCCUCCCAGCUCCCGCCCCCGCCCCCGCCCAGUGCUGGCAGAGAACUGCUCCUGUAAGUUGCCACGAUCUGAGACCUUGCAGCUCCAGACUGAAGGGCUACAGGUACAGGUUCCUCUUGGUGCUGCACACCUGGCCAGGGGUGGACACGGGAGGGGCAGAGCCUCAGGACCUGCCCAGAAGAGCCAGGAGCCCAGGCAAACAGUCGUCCUGCUAGGUUCUACGGGGCUGACAGCCCAGUGGGUCUUUAGGCAAGCCAAGAGAGUCUGGCUGGGGGCUGCUGUCUCCUGCCUGUCUCCCCUGCCCACACCUGCAGGAAGAGGCAGUGUUGCCAUAGGACUGGACCACAAGGGCUGGGGCAGCAGGAGCCCUGGCCCCACUUCCUGCCUGCCUCCUCAGGCACUGCUCUCUGUGGAGCCCAGGGUUAGUCGGUGUUCCCCACCCCCACCCAGCCUCCGUUCCCACAAGCAUGUGGUCUGCUUUCCGAAAUGCCUGGUGGUUGGUGGUUGUCCCCUCCCCCAGCCCCCCACGCUUUGCACACAGAUCUCAGGAACAUGGGAAACAGGAGGGGCUCGGGCUGUGGCACUCACGGUGCCCGCUCCUGCACUUAGUUGUGGCCAGCGCUGACCUUUCCCCUGGGCCCGAGAUGUGGCCAGAUCCCUCCUGGGGAUCUGCCUCCUCGGCUCAAGCUGCCCACCCCGAGUUCUGCUGGUCCAGGGUCAGUGUCUCACCUGCCAACUUUCGCAUCACCCUCUCCCGCUCUCCUUCCCCAGGACCUCCCCCCACGUCUUGCAGCCAAACCGUUAAUCUGGAGACAGAAAUGGGUUUGCGAUCGAUCUCUGGCCACCUCUUUUCCUAUUACAAUCUGUACUGUGGUUCUUCUCACCCUCCUCUGCCUCUGCAUGUUUGUCUCUUUAAAUGCCGAAGCGGCAGAGCCUGGUGGGGCCUGGCUAUGGGUGGGACCAGAGUGGUUCGUUUGGAAUAGAGCAGCUGUGUGUACAACCCUU